GUAUUGGAUACAUCGAAGAAUUUUGUUCCCUUAGGAAAGAUGGUGUUCUAUAGCGUCUUGUAAUUGCGCUGCAGAUCUUGGCGAUUACCGUCCUCCUGGUGGGAUACGGCCACCCUGGUAGGAUGGCACUGAGAAGAUGGACUUCGCAGCUGGGGACAGCAGCUAAGGGAUUCCUGAGAGCUGGUCAAGGUGUUCGAUUCAGUUCUGCAAUUUCCAGCUCCACAACUUCUGUUGAAAAUGGACUGGAUACAACAGAAAAUGAGAUUGUUGCUCCUGAUUUUACUAACAGGAAUCCUCGUAACUUGGAGCAGUUGGCUCUAGCAAGGAAGGAGAGAGGCUGGAGAACAACAUGGCCGAAACAAGACUAUUGGCACAGGUUGAGACUUGAACAAACACAGAACCACGUGGAGGCCAACGUUGAACAUUGCAGUGGUCACAUUGUAGUCUCUGCUUCCACCCGAGAAUGGGCCAUCAAAAAGUACCUUCAUCGUACAACAGGCGUGGCAGCAUGUGUGAAUGUUGGGCAUGUGCUAGCUCAACGUUGUCUUGAAGCAGGAAUCAACUUUGUGGAAUUCCAAACUAUAACUCCAUGGGAAAAAUGUUCUGAUUCGAUCCAGAGCUUCCAGAAUGCAGUGAGUGAAGGUGGUGUUGUACUGAAGGAGCUGCGAAGAAUUUAUGAAUAA